AUGCCCAUUACUCAGGAGAAUGCUAUGUUCUAUCGUGCCCUUCUCCAUCAGUGGCUAAGGGACAACCUAAAAAUGGAAGCCAAUGGACCAGAGAAGACUUUGUAUCUAUCUGCCAUUCAGAAACUAACAGAAUACAUUCAAUUCAACUUUGUAUUAGAUGAGACGUUGUUGGAUCACAAGCAGAGCAUGAUGGAUAUGGAAAUCUGCACAGUUCAUCUAACCAAGGAUGAAAACAGCGAUGAGGUUCUUGGCCUUAGUUUUGGCAAUAUUCCUAUUUUUGGACACUGUGGUGAAAAACGUAGGGGAGGUAAAAAGAGGAAAGUUCAAAAUGGGCCAGUGCUUGAUGUUGGAUGUAUCUGGAUAACGGACUUGAAAAAACAGAGUCCGGCAGCAAGGUGUGGGAAGAUGAAGCUACGAGAUGAAGUCCUAUCAUUGAAUGGCCAGCUCAUGGUUGGUGUUGAUGUCUGUGGUGCCAGGUAA